CUAGGUCAGGACAAGAGAAGGAAAGGGGCCAGAGCUGGGGGGAGCCAAGCGAGAGGCCCGUUUUGGGGAAGAGUCGGUCUGUAGGUCUGUCCACACGCAUCUGGAGCUGCUGGAAUUUCCACUCCCUUCCAAGGAUUGCAGCUGAAUUGUUCCCACUGCCUCUCGAGUCACGUGAAACGAAGAUUAAAUCUCCUGUUGUCAGCAUGCCCUAGCCACCCUUCAGUUUUUCAGCCGGAUUCAGUGUUCCCGGGCUGCAGAGAGGGAUUAGCCCUUGCAACCAAAUCAAGGCAAUGAGCCCAGGAGCACCUUUCCACAGGCUCCGUUAGCUGCAAGCACCUUGGGCCACUGUCCAGUUUCCUGCACUUUCCUUACUUCCCCAGAUUCUAGACAGCCUGCCUCAGUGGCGGAAGGUGUCCACUUCGGUCUGGCUGCAGCAGCACGGAAUCUCUUAAGAUGUCUGGCACCGUGGAAGAAUUGGAAGCGGGUAACGAGGCCCCCCUAUCCGAGGAGGGUAGCUCAGUCAGGAUUAGCCCGGAGCUAGAGCUGCCCACAGAAGAGGACCUCUUGCUGGCUGCUGCCUACGUGUAUGAUGCCCAAUAUAAUAGAAACAUUCCAUUUGAAACCUCACCUCAAGCUAUCAGAUUUUACUAUCUUUACAACCACUGGUCUAUGCAAAUUGCCACCUACUUCUUUAUUUUUCUAGAUCUUUCUCUUGCCCUGUUUGAGGAGCCUGCUGUAUAUCCACUCCCUUUUCUGGCUACCUCUCUUGUUGAAGUUCUUUGUCUUUGUACAUUCUUUGGGCGGCUUGUACAGUUUGCAAAAGUCACUUCACGCACAGUUUUCUGGAAGGAUACAAAAAAUAUUUGUAUCUUGCUAACUAUACUGUUGACCUUACUAGAUAUAAUUAUUUAUGGAACUCUUAGAGUCUUUAACAUCCACAGUGUUCGAUGGUCAAGAUGUCUGAGGCCUCUUUUCUUAAUCAACUUUCCUGAAAGUCGUCAGAUUCGAAGAGCCUUCCGAAGUAUCCGGAACACUUUGCCAGAAGUUCUCUAUGUAUUUCUCUUGCUCAUAUUCAAUGUGUUGAUGUUCUCCCUUAUGGCCUUGAAAUUAUUUGGUGAUAGGAAUCUUAAAACAGUGGAAGGAGCAUCCUAUUUUACAAAUAUCCUGGAUAUAAUGUUUGACCUCUAUGUGCUGGUGACCACUGCUAACAGCCCUUAUGUCAUGAUGCCUGCUUAUAACUUAGAUUGGCGAUAUUCUCUCUUCUUCAUAACUUACAUUGUGAUCAAUACCUACAUCUUCAUGUCUGUCUUUCUAGCUGUUGUAUACAACAACUACAGAAAGCAUUUAAAGGGCUUUCUCUUAGAAACAUCCUGGAUUUUCUUUCAUUUCCACUUCUUCUCCUUUGCUGAGAUGAGACCUAAGCUAUCUGUCAUCUGCUACUCUCAGUCCUUUAAAGUGUCAGCCUUUCCAAGAGCUUACAUGUACUUAAUGCAGAAUGAGAUUCGCAAACUGGCUUACAUGAAACGUCACAAAAUGAUAAAGGCUUUCAACAUUCUGAAGACCCAGGAGGGCCCAGAAUUUGUAGUUAAGGAAGCCCAUUGGAAGCAUUUAGUAAAAAUGGUGGCACCUGACAUCAGCAAUUCCCACCGGGAGCUCCUUUUGAGGAUAUCUGAUGAGGAACAGAAGGGAUAUGUGGACAAAAAAUGUUUUUUAAGAUUAGCUGAUCUAUUGAACAUUCAAGUGAUUACUAUGAAAUUUAAAAGACAUCCCCUGGAAAUCUGGAUGCCCCACGUAUAUAAAUCUUCAGGAAGUCUUUUUAUACAAAAGAUAGUUCAACACAGGGUGUUUGUAUGGAUUUACGAUGUAAUUAUCCUAAUAAAUGCUGUAUUCAUUGCUUUGGAUGAGAAAAAUCCAUUCAUUUCCUAUGCGGAGUGGGUUUUCCUUACUCUAUAUAUUAUUGAAAUACUGUUGAAGUUGUACACCUAUGAACCCAAGACAUUUUUUGCAAGGAAUCAGUUCUGGAACUGGUUUGAUACUUUAAUCAUCAUUGCAGCCUUGAUGGCCACAAUAGCCAAUACUGCAAUUAAAUCAGCCAUUGAAUACAAUAGUCAACAGAUCCUGGAUAUUAUCUUCAUAUUGAGACUCCUCCGGCUCAUAAGGAUUGUUGACAGCAUUCAGAGAUUCCGGGUCAUAUUGACAACCUUAAUUAAUAUCAUCCCCACGAUGCUGACAUUUGGAGGACUUGUUUUGGUGGUGUACUACAUGUUUGCUAUCAUUGGCAUGGAAUUAUUCAAAGACAAAGUCCAGUUCUUCUCUGAGAGUUCCACAGAUACUCAUGCUCUUGACUGUGGGAACCCAGCCUUGAAAGAUUCAACAUUUGCCCGGAGCAGAUACUGUAAGAAUAAUUUCAAUGACCUCGCCUCUUCAUUCAUCGUACUGAUGGAACUCACCGUGGUAAAUCAGUGGCACGUUAUUGCUGGUGGUUUUGCCCUUGUAACUCAUGAGGCUACAAAACUAUUUUUCAUUGCUUUUCACAUUGUGGUCGUCAUCCUCAUUGUUAACAUUUUUGUAGCAUUCAUUUUGGAGGCCUUUUUUGUGGAAUAUUCAUUAGAAAAAAGCGAAAUAGAAACUACUAUUGAGAAGAAAAUUCAAGAACUGGGUAUGGGAAUUCAAGAGGAAGAUGUCCCUGAUGGACAACUAAUAGAUAACAUGGAAACAAAUGAAAAUGAUCUUAGUGGUGGAGAAGAAAUGCAAAAGCAAAGCUCAAAAGGAUUGUUCUUCCGAAUUGCUUCAAAAAGGUAUAGGACAGUAGAUGCAUUAUUACAACGGAUGUUUGAAUCUGAAAUCUCUCCAGAAGACGAAGGACCUUCUUUGGAUGAGAUAUUGAACCUUUCACCCAGUGAUAUGUAUCCAAAGAAUCCAACCUUUGAAAAUUCUGCAUAGUCCCAACUUGCAAACGGAACGCAACUGGAAAGAUAAGGAAUGGUAUCAUUUUUUGGUACAUAUUAUCUAGGUGCUUUUUUUUGUCAUGGGACCAGGAUAACUUUUUAGCUCAGAACUCACCAGAAGUCCUUUUCUUUGUACAGCUAUUUUGCCUGAAAUCGAAAGGAAACUUUGAGAACAAAUAGGGAAUAUUUUAUUCAGGGAUUAUUAAUAGCACUUACUGUUCAUGCGUAUGUACAUAUGGAAUUUUAUUUCAGUGUAUAUAUAAAAUCUUAGUAGUUUAUUUUUACACAAUAUUUUGCUAUCCUAUUAAAUGUUGUCAUGUUCUAAGAAUUUAAAGUAAUUAAAUAAUUAAUGGAAUAUUUUCUAGUACAGUAGCUUCUACAGAGAGUGUUGCUUUUUACUUGAUGGAAAAUAUGAAUGUGGGAAUAAAAUUAAGUAGAGAUUA